ACAACUUUGCAAUACAAGUUUAUGAGUUGCUCGGUUUUUCCAUUGGUCGCUGCUGGUCAUGUGGAUAGUAACUGUGAACAUGAAGUUUUUUAUAAUUUCCCUUGCGAGAAUAGAGCUGCAUUCUUUUGCUGUGCUCAGUCCUGCUUCGGAUCUGUCUGGCUCUCCAGCACACAGCCCAUUUGUCCUAUGUACAGGCACCGAGCAGCAGGCUAUGUAUAUGGAGGUUCGCAGGGAGCAGCAGCCUACAAUACAGGUCCAGGAUGGCAGCGUUCGGUCCUUCCGCUCCAAGGUGUGGCAUUUUGGAUUCAAAGAGCCAGAGUGGCAGAUUUUCAACACGCAGCCUGGCUAAUUUCCUGCUUCUUCUGGCACCAAAAGGGUCUGGGUUCCUCUCCUGUUCAGCCAAGGCGACAGCUGUCAAAGUGGCUGGGAUUCCUGUGAGCCAGAACGUCAAGACAUUCUCAAGGACUUGAAAUGGAAAAGUAAAGCCUAUGCUCAGGAUAUGAUAGUAAUUCGAAAAAUGGAGGUAUCUCUGCAGGGUCACUCUGUCAGACAAUUAAACAUGUCUCUCCAAAAGACUGAGGCUGGAUGUGAAAGAACGGGGCCAUCUCCUGUGUCUUUUUGCAUAAGGUCUGACCAGGGAGGCCAUUGGACGAGCAGCGCCACGUGACAGAGGGGUGCCAAUGUUAUUCUUUACGGGUGUCAAGACCCUGUCAGUUUGUGAAAUAAAUAUUGGGAAACAACGAAAUGCAAAAAGCGACCUACUACGACAGCUCUGCGAUCUAUGGUGGAUACCCCUACCAAGGAGCAAAUGGUUUCACUUAUAAUGCAAGUCAGCAGCAAUAUCCCCCUUCCUCAUCACUGGUGGAAAGUGAAUAUCAUCGACCUGCCUGCUCGCUGCAGUCACCUGGCGGUACAGUGCCACAUCACAAGGCCAAUGACAUCAACGAAAGUUGUAUGAGAGCUGUUAACAGUCAAUCAAACCAAGCCCCGGUCAUCUCAGAUCAACAGCAGCCCACACCACCCUCUGUGUCCCCACCUCAAAAUGCCAAUCAACAGCAGCCCACACCACCCUCUGUGUCCCCACCUCAAAAUGCCAGUAAUGCAGCCACAACUUCCACCACCAAGGCCACAAACAUCACUUCACCUACCAUGUCAAAGCAUAUUUUCCCUUGGAUGAAAGAAUCUCGGCAGAACAUAAAGCAGAAAGCAACAGGGAGCUCCAGUUCAGGUGAGAGCUGUGCUGGAGACAAGAGCCCUCCGGGGCAAUCCUCUUCAAAAAGGGCCCGCACCGCUUACACAAGUGCCCAGCUUGUUGAACUGGAAAAGGAGUUUCAUUUUAACAGAUACCUGUGCAGACCCAGAAGGGUGGAGAUGGCAAACCUGCUCAACCUCACAGAGAGGCAAAUCAAGAUUUGGUUCCAGAACCGACGUAUGAAAUACAAAAAGGAUCAGAAAGGGAAAUCCAUGAUGACUUCAUCGGGUGGUCCAUCACCGUGUAGGAGCCCUGUACCACCGCCAACCGUUGGGGGAUAUCUAAACUCUAUGCAUUCUAUGGUUAACAGUGUCCCUUAUGAGCCUCAGUCCCCCCCAUCAUUUAACAAACCCCAUCCAAACGCUUAUGGUGUGCCUGCUCCCUACCCCAGCCCCCAUAACAGCUGCCCUCCUCAUCAGAAAAGAUACACGGGGACUGCGGCUGUUACCCCAGAAUAUGACACACAUCCACUCCAAGGCAGCGGUGGUUAUGGCAAUCCUCAUGUACAGGGAAGCCCCGUUUAUGUAGGGGGCAAUUAUGUGGAAUCCAUGACUAAUUCAGGGCCCUCCAUGUUUGGUCUAACUCAUCUGUCUCAUUCUUCCUCCAAUAUGGACUACAGUGGACCUGGACCAAUGAACAGUACUCACCACCAUGGACCUUGUGAUUCACACCCCACAUAUACAGAUUUAUCUUCUCAUCUCACUUCUCAGGGAAGAAUUCAGGAAGCACCCAAGCUGACACAUUUGUAGUGGACACAGAUACUUGUAGGGGAAUCAACUC